CGGGUUGUUAUGGCAACAGAGGUACACUGUUUACAACACGGUAGCCGAUUGUUUUGCAUGGAAACCCGGAUUCAUUACAAAUAUCACUGUAGAGAGUCGCAUUGCUCGUUCACUGGGGGCGGAUACAAUUAACAUCGGCCAAAAAACACGCUUGGAUAUCGCAGCCAACAAAGCACAGGAUUGAUUAAGGUGUAGCUCAUCUCUUUAGACUGCAGCCCUGAUGGUGUAGCUGAGCCUGGCACAGUGAUGGCCUCACAGGUGCCUCCGGCGCCCCAAGUUGAGCGUGACUCGAGGGGGAGCCAGAGGGAGAGGAGGAAGGAGAGGGGGGUCAGCACUUCCCAGGACCCACUGCAGCUCCAGGCUGAUAUCGAAGCCCUCACCUCAGCCGGACACCAAGCUCUAAGGGGGAGAGACACGGUGGAGGCGCUGGCAUGCUUCAAGAAGGCUUUCCUGACUUCCCUGCAGCUGAAGGAAGCCCACAUACAGAGAGCCUGUGCCUUCAACCUGGGAGCUGCCUAUGUGGAGGCAGGGAAGCCAGAGAAAGGUCUGGACUUCCUACAGCGAUCACAGCCCCCGGGCGAGGCGGGAGAGGAGGUUGGUGAGAAGUGGGCGGACCUGCACUUCAAUCUGGGGGCGGCCCACGAUGCCCUGGGGCAGCACGCCACUGCGGCCGAGCACUACCGCCAAGCCGCUGAGCAGUAUGGGAGCAGAGAGGGGGGGAGGAGCGAGGCAGAGGCACGCAUGAAGCUGGGAUACUGUAACCUACAGAUGAAGGAGCCCAGCAUGGCAGCCCGCAACUUCCAGAGAGCAGGGGAGUGCUACAGGGCAGCAGGGUGUGUGGAGCCAGCAGCCACAGCACUCAGGGAGGCUGCAAACCAUAUGCUGCAGAGCCAGGACUUCACUGCUGGGGAGAUCAAGAGUGUGCUGGGGGAGUGCAGGGAGCUGUGUGAGAGUAUCCACAACAAGGAGGGGCUAGGGAACCUGUACAAUGACGUGGGGCUGAGCUUCUGCCAGCUCAAGUGCUUCUCCGAGGCGGCGGAGUGCUUUGAGCGAGCCUUGCCCCUGUCUGCAGGAGGGGAGGGAGGAGACCGCAGGAGGGAGGCCGUAGUGCUGCAGAACCUGGGGGCUGUCUACAACUCGCUGGGGGAGUACAGCCAGGCACAGGGCUUCCACAGGAAGGCAGCAGCCCUGCAUGGCUCCCGGGGGAACCGCAGCGCUCAGGGGCAGUGCUUCUGUAACCUGGCGUUCGCUCUGAGCCAACUGGAAGAGCACGAAGACUCUGCGGAGAAUUACCUCCACGCGCUGCAAGCGUUCCGAGAUACCGGAGAUUUCCAUGGGCAGUGGCAGGCGUGUGAGGGGCUGGGAGCUGCUAAGUUCCACCUGGGAGACCCGGAGAAAGCAAUGCUGUAUUACAAGGAAGCGCUGACUCUGCUGUCCAAGAGCAAGGACUCCUCGAGCUCGGCUCACGAGCGCAUUGUGAACAAGCUGACAGACGCCAUUCAGUUCAAACUAUCCACGCAGAGCCGCUACUCCCACGUGAGAGGAAUCCAGCCAGCCACGCCCUUCAAGCUCCUCCCAGGAAGUGGCCCCACCCCUCGACAGACCCCUCCCUCGUAUGUCGUCGGAGAGCUCCGUCAGCAGGGAGCCCCCCAGCUGAGCAGGGGCCUCCAGCCCGAGCCAGGCCACAGGGGCCAGGGGGAGGAUUACUACAGCCAGCCCAGGAAAGAGCCCUCGCAACCGGCAGAGAAGCCAGGUGCACAGGGCAGGACCGGUUGUGACAGUGUGGUGACACACCCAGAUUCGGAGCUCAGCGACACACCGGACACAGAACCCCAGUACCAGACUGUGCAGCCUAAGGCCAACGGGAACCUGAACAACACUUACGUGCAGCCGGACCCCCAUUACCAGAACGACCUCCUGAGCGGGACCCUGCUGCCCACACAGAGGAGUGAGCACCUGUAUGAAACAGUAAAGCCAGGAGCCCUGCAGGCGGACAGAGACAGUCCUGUGGAUCACAGCUCUGAGAUCUCCUGCAUUAGUGACCAGCAGCACACUAAUCAGACAGCAAGCAGGCGAUCCAGGCUGUGUGCGGUCAUGUAAACAGUGAAGAAAAUAUACGACGGCUUCAUGAUGCACAAUGUCAACUUAUGUACAGCGUGUGUGUAUAUGUAUAUAUUUUUUUUACUAGGGAUGCCAAUUCAUCGCAGUUAACUUCUGCGAUUGACAUGUUCAUUUCUUUGUUGAUUAUUUUUUUUUUUUUAAUAAAAAAGAACUCCUUUGGUUUGACCCUCUUCGCACACUGUAACUCCUUGCCUGCUGCACCAUUUUCAACUGCGUGCAACGCAAGGGGUGCAGUCGACGUUUGCAAAGAAAGUUAGUCAUAUAACUGCAUUAGGGAGCAAAGCGCUACAAGUAUAAUACAGUAAUAGAACUGACAGUGAAUGAAUAUAACCCUUAAUGAAUGCUUUGUUUUAUUUAGACACUUAAGUUAUUAAUAAAAGAUAAUACCCUUUUUUAAAACGGCAAUGAUAAAGACCAGUAAAGGAUACCCUUUCAAAGGAAACAGAAAAUAUACAGUAUAAUUUGAAAUGCAUUAAGGUGAGUAAUAAACUGACUCCAUUGUGUGGUUUUUCUAUGCUGGGCAGUUUUUUAGAUAAUAAUAAUAAUAAUAAUAAUAAUAAUAAUACAAAAUUUCACUUAUAUAGUGCCCUUCAUGCAAGCAUUCCUCUGCGCUUUACAAAAAAAGGUACAAAACAGCCUGUGUCUAAUAUAGAAUCCAGCUACAAAUAAACAGACCCAAGCAAAUACAUUUUCAGACUGGAUUGAAGAGAUUGAGUUGUGCUGGCAUUCCUGAUGUGAAUCAGGAGCAAGUUCCAAAGACGAGCUGCAUUGUAACUAAAUGCCCUGGCUCUGACAGAGUUCAAA